GGCGACCUCGCGGCCCCUGCAGUGGCCUGAGCGUCGGGGACAGCGUCUCCGCGCGCGCCAGCCACGGGGAUUAAGCCUCCGGGCUUUGCAGGGCUGUUUUCAGAGGCCAUGACGACCUGGUUGGUUUCUUGUUGAGCAGCCCAGCUGGUUCAGAAUUCCCUCUAGAUCUAAACCGGGACCGCCCUCCGGAACGACAGCUGAAACUCCUUUUCUCACACCUUGCCCAGCUGGCCCCGGGGAGGUGGUGCUGGGCCAACCUGCCCUGCGGAGGAGGGUUGAGCCAGGGGCAGCCGCACCCGCCUGGCCCCACACGUGUGUGGCAGACUCGAAACUUCCUCACGUGGCAUUUUGGUAUGAAAAGUGAAAUGCAAGGAGCCAAAGUAACAUAAUCAAUGGCAGUAAAACGAAAACGCAAUAGGAAGAUCAUCAGUUGAGACAGAGGAUGGAAAAUAAAGUGAAGCAGUGUUGUGACCUGUAUUUCAGCAGGUCUUCUUGAAAUUUAACUAAAAAUGACCGCUCUCUCUUCAGAGAACUGUGCUGUUCAGUAUGAGUUACAUCAGACAAACCAGCCCCUAGAUGCUAACUGUCUGCUGUUCUUGAUCAUACUCGGGAAAAUACUUCUAAACAUUGUCACGCUAGCAAUGAGAAGAAAAAACACCCAUGAAAACUUUAUGGGAUGUUUUUGUAUUUCUCUAGCACUUGUUGAUCUUUUACUUUUGGUAAACAUUUCCAUUAUAUCCUAUUACAGGGAUUUUGUACUUUUGGGCAUUCGGUUUACUAAAUACCACAUCUGCCUGUUUACUCAAAUUAUUUCCUUUACUUACGGCUUUUUGCAUUAUCCAGUUUUCCUGAUAGCCUGUAUCGACUAUUGCCUGCAUUUCUCUAACACCACCAUGCUGUCAUUUAAAUGUCAAAAAUUACUUUAUUUCUUUAUAGUAAUUAUAACUUGGGUUUCAGUCCUAGCUUAUGUUUUGGGAGAUCCAUCCAUUGACCAAAGCCUGAAGACACAGAAUGGUUUUUCUUUUCAGUGUCCUUUCUACAUCAGCAGUCAGAGUUACUGGCUGGCCUUUGCCAUGGUGCUGGUUUUACUUGCAGCUUUUAUAACCUCUUGGUCAGAGGUCAUGACGUUGGUACAGGCUAUUAGAAUAACUUCCUAUAUGAAUGAGACUAUCCUAUAUUUUCCUUUUUCAUCCCACUCUAGUUAUAACGUGAACUCUAAAAAAGUACUAUUGUCCAAACUCAUUGUCUGUUUUCUUGGUACCUGGCUACCAUUUGUACUACUUCAAGUAAUCAUUCUUUUACUUAAAGUACAGAUACCAGCAUAUAUGGAUCUGAACAUUCCCUGGUUGUACUUGGUCAAUAGCUUCCUCAUUGCUACAAUUUAUUGGUUUAAUUGUCACAAGCUUAAUUUAAGAGAUGUUGUGUUACCUGUAGAUCCAUUUGUGAACUGGAAAUGCUGCUUUAUUCCACUUAUAGUUCCUAAUUUUGAGCAAAUUGAAAAGCCUAUGUCAGUAAUCACAUGUUAGUAUGCUGCCAUGUUAAAGUUACUUGAGACUUAAGGGAAAGAAUGAUAUGAACUGAACUGCAGCUCUUUCCUCCUCCCGUGCUUUUCCAGGCUACGUCUUUUGCAGUUCUGAUGGGUAUUAAAGAGUGUUUUCUUUCAAAAAUACAACUCCAGGAAGUUUCUAGACUUGUCCACAAACAUUGUAUAUUAAAAAUACUAAUUUAUUAACUCAAAAAUGAAACAUUUGGCCACACUGAUGUUUGUCACCCACAAAACUAUUAAGUGCAAAAUGUUGUGUAAUUCUAAAAUUUCACUGCAACUUUAAUACAUAAAGUUAAAUAAACCUUUUAUUAAAUUCAGAGCCAAGAAAAUCAAGAUUAUUUUGGUGUAAACCUUAACAUAGGGAAGAGUUCACACAGAACUGCGAAUAGCAACCAUGUCUCUUUCCAUGAGUGUUACCUGAUUCAUUUUUAGUCACAACUCUGUAUCAUGUACUGGCAUCUCAAAUCAUAAUCACAUCAGCAAAUCCCACACUGUAAAAGUACAGAAGGGUUUCUCAGACCCAGCAUUAUUAACAUUUGAGGCUGGGUAAUUCUUUGUUGCAGGAUCUGCCUUGGGCUUUGUAGCAAUACUUGGCAGAAUCCCUGCCCUGUGCCCCCAGGUGCCAGCAGUGACAAUAAACUACACACACUGCCCAACCUCUCAUGGUGGGUGGGCACAACUACCCCCAUUAAGAACCACUGAAAUAAAAUAGCAAAAUAAUCUCAA